AUUUCAGUGUGUGACGAGGACAAGUUCCGCCACAAUGAGUUCAUCGGUGAGACACGCAUCCCCCUCAAGAAACUCAAGCCCAACCAGACCAAGAACUUCAACAACUGCCUGGAGAAACAGCUACCUGUAAGUUAUCUCCAAAUUCCCUUUUUCAUCUCCCCAUUUAAAACCAAAUUAAGCAUAGCCGGAAAAUUAAGCAUAUCCUAAUUUCAAUUGAUUAUUUUGUCUCCACUGCUAAAUUACAAACAUUUUCUUGUGUAAAUGUUCUAUUUGUUACGUACAGAUCAUUUGCUUAAAUACCUUGUGUUGAAAGACAGCAAUACUGUAUGUAUCCUGUCAUUAAUACAUGAUGGACCUUAAAACAUUUCAUAUACCUGUACAUCCCCUUUUAACACCGUACACACUGUAAAUGAACUUCAUGAAACAACCACAGACAUUUCAAUGGAGCACCACCUACUGAGGGCUCUGUUCAACACUGCCUCUCUCCCUGAAUUAUGCAGGUUUACAGCAUUAAAGACCGGAGAGAAUGACAGUCUCUCAUAAUCCAUUCAAGCAAUUACAUUUACCCAUGGGCUUUAAACAAGGACUGGCCAUUGAUGCCCGAGGCAUUUGAUUUACUCACGAGUGCUACUUACUUAGCGCACUGGAGGAUGUUGCUAGCUAUUGUCGUUAUUUUACAGUACUGUCGCUAGUCAAAUAUGGACUAGCUUUUUUCACAUACAAUACUGUAGCUCCACCUUAAUUGCAAUUGAACUCAAUCUCUACUAAAUGGAUCCUUAGUUGAGCUGCAAUAUUUGAUCCUCCAAACUAUGUCCACAUUUGGGUUGCUGUUUCCAAUAACCUUAGUUUGGGAGUUUUACUUUUUACGAAUGAGCUGAUUCAUAGGGAUGAGCCCUUUCUUAAUAUUCACAAUUUUAUCCGAGCGUGUCGUUAAAAUCUCCAGAUUUCAUUGAGCUUAGCGGCGCUCACAUAAAUGUGUUUUCUCUUACCAUCAACAACACUGAAGGGAAUCUGCUCCGACUACUCGGAGAAGGCUUAGCCCAGUCUUUGACUGAGCAUCACCAACAUGCAGCCUUUUCCUCAGCCUGUGGAUUACUGAGCUAUGUGCUGCUAACACACAUACAGGCUCAUGCAAACACACCCACACAACACAUAUACAGUGGGGAAAAAAGUAUUUAGUCAACCACCAAUUGUACAAGUUCUCCCACUUAAAAAGAUGAGAGAGGCCUGUAAUUUUCAUCAUAGGUACACAUCAACUAUGACAGACAAAAUGAGAAAAAAAAAUCCAGAAAAUCACAUUGUAGGAUUUGUAAUGAAUUUAUUUGCAAAUUAUGGUGGAAAAUAAGUAUUUGGUCAAUAACAAAAGUUUCUCAAUACUUUGUUAUAUACCCUCUGUUGACAAUGACACAGGUCAAACGUUUUCUGUAAGUCUUCACAAGGUUUUCACACACUGUUGCUGUUAUUUUGGCCCAUUCCUCCAUGCAGAUCUCCUCUAGAGCAGUGAUGUUUUGGGGCUGUCGCUGGGCAACACAGACUUUCAACUCCCUCCAAAGAUUUUCUAUGGGGUUGAGAUCUGGAGACUGGCUAGGCCACUCCAGGUCCUCUGUAGCUCAGCUGGUAGAGCACGGCGCUUGUAACGCCAAGGUAGUGGGUUCGAUCCCCGGGACCACCCAUACACAAAAAAAAAUGUAUGCACGCAUGACUGUAAGUCGCUUUGGAUAAAAGCGUCUGCUAAAUGGCAUAUUAUUAUUAUUAUUAUUAUUAUUAUUGAAAUGCUUCUUACGAAGCCACGCCUUCGUUGCCCGGGCGGUGUGUUUGGGAUCAUUGUCAUGCUGAAAGACCCAGCCACGUUUCAUCUUCAAUGCCCUUGCUGAUGGAAGGAGGUUUUCACUCAAAAUCUCACGAUACAUGGCCCCAUUCAUUCUUUCCUUUACACGGAUCAGUCGUCCUGGUCCCUUUGCAGAAAAACAGCCCCAAAGCAUGAUGUUUCCACCCCCAUGCUUCACAGUAGGUAUGGUGUUCUUUGGAUGCAACUCAGCAUUCUUUGUCCUCCAAACACGACGAGUUGAGUUUUUACCAAAAAGUUAUAUUUUGGUUUCAUCUGACCAUAUGACAUUCUCCCAAUCCUCUUCUGGAUCAUCCAAAUGCACUCUAGCAAACUUCAGAUGGGCCUGGACAAGCAGGGGGACACGUCUUGCAGUGCAGGAUUUGAGUCCCUGGCUGCGUAGUGUGUUACUGAUGGUAGGCUUUGUUACUUUGGUCCCAGCUCUCUGCAGGUCAUUCACUAGGUCCCCCCGUGUGGUUCUGGGAUUUUUGCUCACCGUUCUUGUGAUCAUUUUGACCCCACGGGGUGAGAUCUUGCGUGGAGCCCCAGAUCGAGGGAGAUUAUCAGUGGUCUUGUAUGUCUUCCAUUUCCUAAUAAUUGCUCCCACAGUUGAUUUCUUCAAACCAAGCUGCUUACCUAUUGCAGAUUCAGUCUUCCCAGCCUGGUGCAGGUCUACAAUUUUGUUUCUGGUGUCCUUUGACAGCUCUUUGGUCUUGGCCAUAGUGGAGUUUGGAGUGUGACUGUUUGGGGUUGUGGACAGGUGUCUUUUAUACUGAUAACAAGUUCAAACAGGUGCCAUUAAUACAGGUAACGAGUGGAGGACAGAGGAGCCUCUCAAAGAAGAAGUUACAGGUCUGUGAGAGCCAGAAAUCUUGCUUGUUUGUAGGUGACCAAAUACUUAUUUUCCACCAUAAUUUGCAAAUAAAUUCAUAAAAAGUCCUACAAUGUGAUUUUCUGGAUUUUCUUUUCUGAAUUUGUCUGUCAUAGUUGACGUGUUCCUAUGAUGAAAAUUACAGGCCUCUCUCAUCUUUUUAAGUGGGAGAACUUGCACAAUUGGUGGCUGACUAAAUACUUUUUUCCCCACUGUACACGCACACACACACACAUUAAUGAGCCUUUUUGACAUACAGUUGAAGUCGGAAGUUGACACACACUUAGGUUGGAGUCAUUAACACUCGUUUUUCAACCACUCCACAAAUUUCUUGUAAACAAACUAUAGUUUUGGCAAGUCGGUUAGGACAUCUACUUUGUGCAUGACACAAGUAAUUUUUCCAACAAUUGUUUACAGACAGAUUAUUUCACUUAUAAUUCACUGUGUCGCAGUUCCAGUGGGUCAGAAGUUUACAUACACUAAGUUGACUGUGCGUUUAAACAGCUUGGAAAAUUCCAGAAAAUGAUGUCAUGGCUUUAGAAGCUUCUGAUAGGCUAAUUGACAUAAUUUGAGUCAAUUGGAGGUGUACCUGUGGAUGUAUUUCAUGGCCUACCUUCAAACUCAGUGCCUCUUUGCUUGACAUCAUGGGAAAAUCAAAAGAAAUCAGCCAAGACCUCAGAAAAAUAUUUGUAGACCUCCACAAGUCUGGUUCAUCCUUGUGAGCAAUUUCCAAAUGCCUGAAGGUACCACAUUCAUCUGUACAAACAAUAGUACGCAAGUAUAAACAUCAUGGGACCACACAGCAGCCAUACCGCUCAGGAAGUGGACGCAUUCUGUCUCCUAGAAAUAAACGUACUUUGGUGCGAAAAGUGCAAAUCAAUCCCAGAACAACAGCAAAGGACCUUGUGAAGAUGCUGGAGGAAACAGAUACAAAAGUAUCUAUAUCCACAGUAAAACGAGUCCUAUGUCGACAUAACCUGAAAGGCCACUCAGCAAGGAAGAAGCCACUGCUACAAAACUGCCAUAAAAAAGCUAGACUAUGGUUUGCAAUUGCACAUUUUGGAGAAAUGUCCUCUGGUCUAAUGAAACAAAAAUAGAACUGUUUGGCCAUAAUGACCAUCGUUAUGUUUGGAGGAAAAAGGGGGUAUCUUGCAAGCCGAAGAACACCAUCACAACCGUGAAGCACGGGGGUGGCAGCAUCAAGCUGUGUGGGUGCUUUGCUGCAGGAGGGACUGGUGCACUUCACAAAAUAAAUGGCAUCAUGAGGAAGGAAAAUUAUGUGGAUAUAUUGAAGCAACAUCUCAAGACAUCAUUCAGGAAGUUAAAGCUUGGUCGCAAAUGGGUCUUUCAAAUGGACAAUGACCCCAAGCAUACUUCCAAAGUUGUGGCAAAAUGGCUUAAGGACAACAAAGUCAAGGUAUUGGAGUGGCUAUCACAAAGCCCUUACCUCAAUCCUACAGAAAAUGUGUGGGCAGAACUGAAAAAGCGUGUGCGAGCAAGGAGGCCUACAAACCUGACUCAGUUACACCAACUCUGUCAAGAGAAAUGGGCCAAAAUUCACCCAACUUAUUGUGGGAAGCUUGUGGAAGGCUACCUGAAACAUUUGACCCAAGUUAAACAAUUUAAAGGAAAUGCUACCAAAUACUAAUUGAGUGUAUGUAAACUUCUGACCCACUGGGAAUGUGAUGAAAUAAAUAAAAGCUUAAAUAAAUCACUCUCUACUAUUAUUCUGACAUUUCACAUUCUUAAAAUAAAGUGGUGAUCCUAACUGACCAAAGACAGGGAAUUGUUACUUAGGAUUAAAUGUCAGGGAUUGUGUAAAACUGAGUUUAAAUGUAUUUGGCUAAGGUGUAUGUAAACUUCCAACUUCAACUGUAGGUGUGUGUGUGUGUCAAGGUUAACUAAUAAUGAAACGAAUCAUGAAAAAACAAUUUAGUCAACUGAAAUAUAAUAAUUAACAAACCCAUUUGAGAAACUGAAACUAUACUGAAACUAUUAUCUUUGACUCCAAAACGAACUAAAAUAAAAACCAUAAUGAAUUAUGUUUUUUUUCUUCUACUAUUUACUUUGUGCAUCUACGUCAUCUUGCUGAGUCUAGCUUUAAACCUAACCCAACAUAUGACCUGACCCACCAUCUUAUGCAUUACUGCCCCACAGUGGCAAGAAGUGCCAUCCCAUAAAAACACUAAAACUGAAACAAAAUAAUAUAAAAAUUAAAUGGAAAUGUUUUUAUAAAACAAACUAAAUGAAAACAAACUCAAACUAAACUGAAUUUCAAAUAAAAAUCUUUAAUUACCUUGGUGUGUGUGUGAGUGUGUGUGUGUUUCAGGUUUUCCAGAAAUUCAGGUUGGAACAUUCCAGGAAGCAGGAGGGAAUAAGCAGGUAGUACGGAAUUCUCCAACCAGGAUUUCUAGAAAACCAAGGAAUUAUGGGAAAGUUUCCAGAAUGUUGCAACCCUAAUCAGGGUGAAUUCAACUAACUCUGAAAGACGUGGUUUGAUAGUGGCCAAGGUGUCGGCUAAAUGAGAAGCAGAUCUGGCCCCCAAGGCUACAAUGUACUUACCUUGAAAACACACUGGAAAUGAGAAUGAAUUGCCUUUGAAAUUGGGAUGAAUUAUUCAUUGCAGUUUAAGGCACCACCGGACAAGAUUUGGAGUUGAGACUUCUGUCAACGAUUAAUUUGAUAAACCGGGGUUGGCAGACACUUUUUUUCCCCCAUCAAACAUGGAAGAGAUUCCAGACAAUGUAGUGUACUGCAUGGCAAUGUAGUGUACUGCAAUGUAGUGUACUGCAGGGAUCAGCACAAACCACAACAGAGGGAUAUCGGGAGAAAACUGUUGAUCCAAGCAAGUCGUCGAUACACUCCAUAAUUGCGAACACCCGUGCUGAUUCGCUUGAUGUCCUCAAAAGAGGUUGAAGUAGCUUAACCGGGGGCAAUGGGACAGGGUUGAUCAGAGACUGGUCAGGUUGAAUCAGAGGUAGUAGGAAAAGUGGCCCCUCGAACUCUGCUACAGCUGAUCUGAGAUCAGUGCUACAGGGCUGGAGUCAUGAUAAAAGAGGACUUUGGAUGAUCACAAGCAGGAAGUGACUCGGUUAAUAAAAAAGUGGUCAGAUGACGCAGAUGGUAAGCUACAGGACUGUUUUGCUAGCACAGACUGAAAUAUGUUCCGGGAUUCUUCAGAUAGCAUUGAGGAGUACACCACAUCAGUCACUGGCUUCAUCAAUAAGUGCAUCGAUGAUGUCGUCCCCACAGUGACCGUACGUACAUACCCCAACCAGAAGCCAUGGAUUACAGGCAAAAUCCGCACUGAGCUAAAGGGUAGAGCUGCCGCUUUCAAGGAGCGGGACUCUAACCCGGACGCUUAUAAGAAAUCCCGCUAUGCCCUCCAACGAACCAUCAAACAGGCAAAGAGUCAAUACCGGACUAAGAUUGAAUCGUACUACACCGGCUCUGACGCUCGUCGGAUGUGGCAGGGCUUGAAAACUAUUAUGGACUACACAGGGAAGCACAGCCACGAGCUGCCCAGUGACACAAGCCUACCAGACAAGAUAAAUCACUUCUAUGCUCGCUUCGAGGCAAGCAAUACUGAAGCAUGCAUCAGAGCACCAGCUGUUCCAGAUGACUAUGUGAUCACGCUCUCCGUAGCCGAUGUGAGUAAGACUUUUAAGCAGGUCAACAUUCACAAGGCCGCAGGGCCAGACGGAUUGCCAGAACGUGUACUCCGAGCAUGUGCUGACCAACUGGCAAGUGUCUUCACUGACAUUUUCAACAUGUCCCUGACUGAGUCUGUAAUACCAACAUGUUUCAAGCAGACCACCAUAGUCCCUGUGCCCAAGGACACUAAAAUAACCUGCCUAAAUGACUACCGACCCGUAGCACACACGUCUGUAGCCAUGAAGUGCUUUGAAAGGCUGGUCAUGGCUCACAUCAACACCAUUAUCCCAGAAACCCUAGAUCCACUCCAAUUUGCAUACCACCCCAACAGAUCCACAGAUGAUGCAAUCUCUAUUGCACUCAACACUGCCCUUUCCCAACUGGACAAGAGGAACACCUACGUGAGAAUGCUAUUCAUUGACUACAGCUCAGCAUUCAACACCAUAGUGCCCUCAAAGCUCAUCAAUAAGCUAAAGAUCCUGGGACUAAACACCUCCCUCUGCAACUGGAUCCUGGACUUCCUGACGGGCCACCCCCAGGUGGUAAGGGUAGGUAACAACACAUCUGCCACGCUGAUCCUCAACACGGGGACCCCUCAGGGGUGUGUGCUCAGUCCCCUCCUGUACUCCCUGUUCACCCAUGACUGCAUGGCCAGGCACGACUCCAACACCAUCAUUAAGUUUGCUGACGACACAACAGUGGUAGGACUGAUCACCGACAACGAUGACACAGCCUAUAGGGAGGAGGUCAGAGACCUGGCCGUGUGGUGCCAGGAUAACAACCUCUCCCUCAACGUGAUCAAGACAAAGGAGAUGAUUGUGGACUACAGGAAAAAAAAGAGGACUGAGCACGCCCCCAUUCUCAUCGACGGGGCUGUAGUGGAACAGGUUGAGAGCUUCAAGUUCCUUGGUGUCCACAUCACGAACAAACUAUCAUGGUCCAAACACACCAAGACAGUUGUGAAGAGGGCACGACAAAGCCUAUUCCCCCUCAGGAGACUGAAAAUAUUUGGCAUGGGUCCUCAGAUCCUCAAAAUGUUCUACAGCUGCACCAUCGAGAGCAUCCUGACUGGUUGCAUCACCACCUGGUAUAGCAACUGCUCGGCCUCCGACCGCAAGGCACUACAGAGGGUGGUGCGUACGGCCCAGUACACCACUGGGGCCAAGCUUCUUGCCAUCCAGGACCUCUAUACCAGGCGGUGUUAGAGGAAGGCCCUCAAAAUUGUCAAAGACUCCAGCCACCCUAGUAAUAGACUGUUCUCUCUGCUACCGCACGAGAAGCGGUACCAGAGCGCCAAGUCUAGAUCCAAAAGGCUUCUCAACAGCUUCUAUCCCCAAGCCAUAAGACUCCUGAACAGCUAAUCAUGGCUACCCGGACUAUUUGCGCUGCCCCCCCACCCCCACCCCAUCCCCCUCUUUUACGCUGCUGCUACUCUGUUUAUUAUUUAUGCAUAGUCACUUUAACUCUACCCACAUGUACAUAUUACCUCAACUAGCCGGUGCCCCCGCACAUUGACUCUGCACCGGUACCCCCCUUUAUAUAGCCUCCCUACUGUUAUUUUACUGCUGCUCUUUAGUUGCUUUUAUUCUUUGGUUAAGGGCUUUUAAGUAAGCAUUUCACUGUAAUGUCUACACCUGUUGUAUUCGGCGCAUGUGGCAAAUAACAUUUUAUUUUAUUUGAUCUGCUCAGAACAAAUUUGUUGGUUCUCAUGCGGUCUCUUGUUAGUCACCAUAUGGAUGCUGGAUGCUUUCUUCCAGCUCAGCAAUACAACACUUUGGGUAUUUCCAGUAUGUUUGGGAAGCAUUGCGCUAUUUGGAACACUUACACACUUUUGCUUUAAAUUCACAAUAAUGUGUGUUCCAUGAUGAAUAAUGUGACAUAUUUCCACAUUAUACAAUGGGUGUGUCUAAUCCUAAAUGCUGAUUGGUUAAAACCACAUUCCAGCCAGUGUCUAUUCCACAAGUUACCACCGGCUAAAUCUAUGAUGUUAAAAUGCCUAUUUACUCUGUUCCAUCUGACUGCGCAAUCCACUGUCUCAUCAUCGCAGCCAGGCAAUUUAUAAACUUGAUUUCCACUAUAAAAAGCAUCUAGACAUUAUCUCACAUUUCUUUUAGGCUAACAUUUUUGUAUAAACCUUGCUGUCUGUCUUUCCGACAUUUGCAACAUUGUUUCAAUAUUCAAAUUCGAUCUCCAGCUGUCCCAUAGUAAUGAAUGUGUCGGGAGUCGGGACGAGACAGACAGGCAGGCAGCUUUUCUCAGCCAGUCGAAAUCAUGAAUCAGCCUCAUUUUUAUGGAUAUAUACAAAGAACUGUCAAUAGAAAACAGGUAAAACGAAAUGAAGUGCAGCUAGUUUACUGUCUUUCCAUCUUCAGUAUGAAGUGAUUGUGUUAGUUGUGUUGUUGGCUAGCUCCUCUGAGCAAUUGUGUCCAGACGAGAGAGCACAUGUUCAAUGCCAGGUGAAAUUGUGCAUCAUUAGCUCAUUGUUAUGGAUGUAUCCAAAUAAAUGUUAAUAGAAAACAGCUUAAAGAAAAGCAAAUGCAGCUACUUUGCUGUUAUUCUGGCUGAACUGUUUGACGUGACUGUAAGUUAGCCGUAGUUGGCUAGCUAGCACGCAAGGGAUAAAAACGUUGCCAGCCAAUAUGGCAAUGGAACAUUUAGAAUGAACAAAUGGGUCACGUCAAUAGAUACAGAACAAAAAGACUGAACUACUGGGUCGCGUCUCUGGUAACCGAACCGAUAGAACGAACGACCAGCCGGCUUGGGUAGCAACCCUAGUUUUGUGUCGGGACUAUAUCUUAAAUUAAUCAAAAUAACGUUUUUAAUGAAAAUAUAUAAAUCAAUAUUUGAAUAGGUUGUUGGUAACCUCUCUCUCUCUCUCUCUCUCUCUCUCUCUGUGAGUCGACAAAUUUGCACAUCUUAAAUUUGGAAUACAAUCGAGACUAAUAGGCAUAUGGUAUUAAAGUAACUGCGAAGAGUUGCUCUGUGCCUGUGCAGUCACUCGUGCCAAGUAUGUACUUGUCCACAGCAAUACUUACUUUGCAAAUCAAACUCCAAAUCAAGUUACACCAUUUGAUUGGAUUCCCAAUCUGAUCAGUGGACAUUUGCAUUUGGAGAAGAAACCCAUCUAAAAAGUCCUGACUGAAAACUUGGGAAUCAACCCUAACUGGUAGAGCUGCUAUGUACAUCCCACUCAGUCUCCUCCACCAGUCUCCUCAUGUAAGUGGGUGUGAAUGUUAACCGUUGUAACGUCUGGGGACAGCAAGUGUUCCUCUAAACUGUUGAUCAACUGUUGGACCUCAUGAAGAUCCACCUUGGAUCAAAAUGUUCUAAAUAAUGGUGGUAUAGGAUACAGUAUAUAAUGUGAUGUGCGUAAGACUAUGUUUCUAUCGAGCACGACAUCUCCACUAUGUACUCACUAUGCUCCUUACCUUUGACCCCUGUGUGUCCCCACUCCUUUACCUGCAGAUUGACAAGACAGAUGACAAGUCCCUGGAGGAACGAGGGCGCAUCAUGAUCUCCCUCAAGUACAGCUCCCAGAAGUCUGGCCUAGUGGUGGGCAUCGUCCGCUGUGCCCACCUCGCCGCCAUGGACGCCAACGGCUUCUCAGACCCCUAUGUCAAAACGUGAGCACAUGUUCCCAAACGCACGUACUUCAGACCUCUAGUGGUACUGGAUUGAUUUUUACUCCUCAUCAUCCCUUAGGUCUAUAUGGAAUCAAUCUCUGGUUUAUAAUUCUUUCUCCAUUUUUAUUAAGCAAACAAAAGUUUCUUCCAUUUGGAAAUGUUGGAUGAUAAACUACUAGACCAACACAUUUGAUCCUGGUGUUGAAAAACAGGCAAAGAUGCAUCUCUGCAUCUCCUAUCAGCCAAUAUGUAAUGAUGCAAGAAAUUCAGACUACCAUGCACUCACAAGGAAAAUGACACAAGAAAGAUAAUCACAUAAUUUACAUUUAGCCAAAGUUACUUGCUGUGCCUAGGGCUAGCAAUCAUUAUCCUAUUGCCAGCAGACCAGAGCAAGAUCCAAAUUCACCACAGAGUAUGGAGUCCUUGGAACAGAACAGAUAGCAGCAGUGCUCACGUUUCGGCGGUGAAUCUCCUGUGAUUACUCCUCAACAUGAAAGAGAUGUACUGCGCAAGAGGCCCUCCUGAGGGCUGCAAUUAUGAACAAGUGUUAUUUUAAUCACACCUGAACAUUACUGCACUUCUUUCAUCUCGCUGAACAAUGGAAGUGAAAUUAACACAUGACUCUGGUGAGAACUCCACAAGAACAAAGGAGGAAGAAGACUCAUUGGAAGAGAGGACGGAAAUUCCAACCAGCGAUUGAGAACUGCUCCCCGAAGACCAAAAGACUCGUAGCCCAGAUAAUAGAUUUACAAACAUCCUCUUAUGAAGGCUUGGAAGGAGAGUUGUGUCCCAAAUGGCACCCUAUUCCCUAUGUAGUGCAUCACUUUUGUCCAGAGGGCCCUAGUCAAAAGUAGUGCACUACAUAGAGAAUAGGGUGCUAUUUGAGACACAGCGGAGGAGUAUGCUCUGUUGAAUAGAGAAGGAGAACUGAAAUGGUUUUCCAGUCCUCCGACACCCAAUGGUUAUGUCAUGGCUGUCUAACACAUCAUGUCGUGGCUGUCUGGCUUCAGAAGGCUGCCGGACACUGAGUCGCUCCACCCCACUGUGUUAAUGAAACGCUGGGCUUUUGUACUGGGCCAGUAGCCCCUUUGCACACACACACACGAGUUGACAGGGCAGUGGUCCCACCGAGUGUUACACGUGGGCUCCCGAGUGGCGCAGUGGUCUAAGGCACUGCAUGUCAGUGCUUAAGGUGUCACUACAGACCCCCUGGUUCGAUUCCAGGCUAUAUCACAACCGGCCGUGAUUGGGAGUCCCGUAGGGCGGCGCACAAUUGGCCCAGCAUUGUCUGGGUUUGGCCGUUGUAGGCAGUCAUUGUAAAUAAGAAUUUUUUCUUAACUGACUUGCCUAGUUAAAUAAAGGUUAAAUAAAAAAUACAUGGUGAGUGAUGAACAUUAAUUUACAGUGCCUUGCAAAAGUAUUCAUCCCCCUUGAUAUUUUUCCUAUUUUGUUGCAUUACAACCUGUAAUUUAAAUGGAUUUUUAUUUGGAUUUCAUGUAAUGGACAUACACAAAAUAGUCCAAAUUGGUGAAGUGAAUUAAAAAAAAUAACUUGGUGCGUGCAUAUGUAUUCACCCCCUUUGCAAUGAACCCCCUAAAUAAGAUCUGGUGCAACCAAUUACCUUCAGAAGUCACAUAAUUAGUUAAAUGAAGUCCUCCUGUGUGCAAUCUAAGUGUCACAUGAUCUGAGUACAUAUACACCUGUUCUGAAAGGCCCCAGAGUCUGCAACACCACUAAGCAAGGGGCACCACUAAGCAAGGGGCACCACCAAGCAAGGGGCACCACCAAGCAAGCGGCACCAUGAAGACCAAGGAGCUCUCCAAACAGGUCAGGGACAAAGUUGUGGAGAAGUACAGAUCAGGGUUCGGUUCUAAAAAUAUAUCUGAAACUUUGAACAUCCCACAGAGCACCAUUGAAUCCAUUAUAAAAAAAUUGAACGAAUAUGGCACCACAACAAACCUGCCAAGAGAGGGCCGUCCACCAAAACUCAUGGACCAGGCCACAAAGGCAUUAAUCAGAGAGGCAACAAAGAGACCAAAGAUAACCCUGAAGGAGCUGCAAAGCUCCACAGUGGAGAUUGGAGUAUCUGUCCAUAGGACCACUUUAAGCCGAACCCUCCACAGAGCUGAGCUUUACGGAAGCCCUCCUGUAGCUCAGUUGGUUGAGCAUGGCGCUUGCAACGCCAAGGUUGUGGGUUCGAUUCCCACGGGGGGCCAGUAUGAAAAAUGUAUGCACUCACUAACUGUAAGUCGCUCUGGAUAAGAGUGUCUUCUAAAUGACUAAAGAUUGGCCAGAAAAAGGCAUGUGGGAGACUCCCCAAACAUAUGGAAGAAGGUACUCUGGUCAGAUGAAACUAAAAUUUAGCUUUUUGGCCAUCAAGGAAAACGCUAUGUCUGGCGCAAACCCAACACCUCUCAUCACCCCGAGAACACCAUCCCCACAAUGAAGUAUGGUUGUGGCAGCAUCAUGCUGUGGGGAUGUUUUUCAUCCGCAGGGACUGGGAAACUGGUCAGAAUUGAAGGAAUAAUGGAUGACGCUAAAUACAGCGAAAUUCUUGAGGGAAACUUGUUUCAGUCUUCCAGAGAUUUGAGACUGGGACAGAGGUUCACCUUCCAGCAGGACAAUGACCCUAAGCAUACUGCUAAAGCAACACUCGAGUGGUUUAAGGGCAAACAUUUAAAUGUCUUGGAAUGGCCUAGUCAAAGCCCAGACCUCAAUCCAAUUGAGAAUCUGUGGUAUGACUUAAAGACUGCUGUACACCAGCGGAACCCAUCCAACUUGAAGGAGCUGGAGCAGUUGAAGAAUGGGCAAAAAUCCUAGUGGCUAGAUGUGCCAAGCUUAUAGAGACAUACCCCAAGAGACUUGCAGCUGUAAUUGCUGCAAAAGGUGGCUCUACAAAGUAUUGACUUUGGUGGGGUGAAUAGUUAUGCACGCUCAAGUUCUGUUUUUUUGUCUUAUUUCUUGUUUGUUUCACAAUAAAACAUAUUUUAAAUCUUCAAAGUGGUAAGCAUGUUAUGUAAAUCAAAUGAUACAAACCCCCAACAAAUCUAUUUUAAUUCCAGGUUGUAAGGCAACAAAAUAGGAAAAUUGCCAAGGGGGGUGAAAACUUUCGCAAGACACUGUAUCCUGUCCCCUCCGCUGCUAAAGCUGUCAAAUCCUCCCACAGGUUUCUAGUUUGACCAGCUGUUUUAAGCAACUAAUAAGGCAAACUUUCUAGCUAUGCCAGGCAAAAUCGGGCAUUAUCAGCUCAUUGUUAUGGAUGUAUCCAUAUGAAUGUCAAUAGAAAACGGCUACUUUGCUAUUAUUCUGGCUGCAGAGGUCGUGACUUUGUUAGCCGUAGCAAGUUGGCUAGCUAUUAAGCAAGGGAUAAGAACUUCGCCAGCGAGCAUGGCAACGGAAGAUAAAGAACGAAAGACUGUAUCGCGUCCAUAAAUAUUGAACUAAUCGAACGAACGACUGGGAUGAGAAAGUAUGAAUUUGCUUAUAUAAAUGAAAAUAUCAACAGUUAUUUUUUAUUUCUACCGGUAAAUGUAUGCUUUCAUAUUGCUUUCUUUCACAACUGUGGUAUACAGUGAGGGAAAAAAGUAUUUGAUCCCCUGCUGAUUCUGUACGUUUGCCCACUGACAAACCCAUGAUCAGUCUAUAAUUUUAAUGGUAGGUUUAUUUGAACAGUGAGAGACAGAAUAACAACAAAAUAAUCCAGAAAAACGCAUGUCAAAAAUGUUAUAAAUUGAUUUUCAUUUUAAUGAGGGAAAUAAGUAUUUGACCUUCUGCAAAACAUGACUUAUUACUUGGUGGCAAAACCCUUGUUGGCAAUCACAGAGGUCAGACAUUUCUUGUAGUUGGCCACCAGGUUUGCACACAUCUCAGGAGGGAUUUUGUCCCACUCCUCUUUGCAGAUCUUCUCCAAGUCAUUAAGGUUUCGAGGCUGACGUUUGGCAACUCGAACCUUCAGCUCCCUCCACAGAUUUUCUAUGGGAUUAAGGUCUGGAGACUGGCUAGGCCACUCUAGGACCUUAAUGUGCUUCUUCUUGAGCCACUCCUUUGUCGCCUUGGCCGUGUGUUUUGGGUCAUUGUCAUGCUGGAAUACUCAUCCACGACCCAUUUUCAAUGCCCUGGCUGAGGGAAGGAGGUUCUCACCCAAAAUUUGACGGUACAUGGCCCCGUCCAUCGUCCCUUUGAUGCGGUGAAGUUGUCCUGUCCCCUUAGCAGAAAAACACCCCCAAAGCAUAAUGUUUCCACCUCCAUCUUUAACAGUGGGGAUGGUGUUCUUGGGGUCAUAGGCAGCAUUCAUCCUCCUCCAAACACGGCGAAUUGAGUUGAUGCCAAAGAGGUCGAUUUUGGUCUCAUCUUAUCACAACACUUUCACCCAGUUUCCUCUGAAUCAUUCAGAUUUUCAUUGGCAAACUUCAGACAGGCCUGUAUAUGUGCUUUCUUGUGCAGGAUUUCAGUCCUUCACGGCAUAGUGUGUUACCAAUUAUUUUCUUGGUGACUAUGGUCCCAGCUGCCUUGAGAUCAUUGACAAGAUCCUCCCAUGUAGUUCUGGGCUGAUUCCUCACCGUUCUCAUGAUCAUUGCAACUCCACAAGGUGAGAUCUUGCAUGGAGCCCCAGGCCGAGGGAGAUUGACAGUUAUUUUGUGUUUCUUCCAUUUGUGAAUAAUCGCACCAACUGUUGUCACCUUCUCACCAAGCUGCUUGGCGAUGGUCUUGUAGCCCAUUCCAGCCUUGUGUAUGUCUACAAUUUUGUCCCUGACAUCCUUGGAGAGCUUUUUGUUCUUGGCCAUGGUGGAGAGUUUGGAAUCUGAUUGAAUGAUUGCUUCUGUGGACAGAUGUCUUUUAUACAGGUAACAAACUGAGAUUAGGUGCACUCCCUUUCAGAGUGUGCUCCUAAUCUCAGCUCGUUACCUGUAUAAAAGACACCUGGAAGCCAGAAAUCUUUCUGAUUGAGAGGGGGUCAAAUACUUAUUUCCCUCAUUAAAAUGCAAAUCAAUUUAUAACAUUUUUGACAUGUGUUUUUCUGGAUUUUUGUUGUUGAUAUUCUGUCUCUCACUGUUCAAAUAAACCUACCAUUAAAAUUAUAGACUGAUCAUUUCUUUGUCAGUGGGCAAUCGUACAAAAUCAGCAGGGGAUAAAAUACUUUUUUCCCCUCACUGUAAGCGGGAUAAACAGAUUAAACAAACGCAACAGAAUACAAUUUACUGUUAUUCUGGCUGCAGAGGUCAUGACUGUGUAGCUAGUUGGCUAGCUAGCAGCAAUUAAGGAUAAGAACGUUGCCACUGAGCAUGGCAACGAAACAUAAAAGAACAGAUGACUGGGUCGCAUCCUUAGAUAAGGGUGGGAGGGCCAAGAGACCUGAGGUGGCAGAACGGAGUGCUCAGGUUGGGGUGUAGGGUUUGAGCAUAGCCUGAAGUUAGGGAGGGGCAGUUCCUCUUGCUGUUCCGUAGGUAAGCACCAUGGUCUUGUAGAGGAUUCAAGCUUCGACUGGAAGCCAGUAGAGAGAACUUGGGAAGGUUGAAAACCAGGCAAGCUGCAGCAUUCUGGAUAAGUUGGAGGGGUUUGAUGGCACAAGUGGGGAGCCCAGCCAAUAAGUUGCAGUAGUCCAGAGAUGACAAGUGCCUGGAUUAGGACCUGCGCCACUUCCUGCAUGAGGUAGGGUCGUACUCUACGGAUGUUGUAGAGCAUGAAACUGCAGGAGCAAGUCACUGCUUUGAUGUUUGAAGAGAAUGACAGGGUGUUGUCCAGGAUCACGCCAAGGUUCUUUGCACUCUGGGAGGGCAACACUGUGGAGUUGUCAACCGUGAUGGAGAGGUCUUUGAGCAGGCAGGCCUUCCAGGGAAGAAGAGCAUCUCCGUCUUCUCGAGGUUGAGCUUGAGGUGGUGGGCCGACAUCUAAGUUGAGAUAUCUGCCAGGCACGCAGAGAUGCGUGUUGCCACCUUGGUGUCAGAAGGGGGGAAGAAGAAAAGUAGUUGAGUGUCAUCCACAUAGCAAUGAUAGGAGAGAACAUGUGAGGAUAUGACGGAGCCGAGUGACUGGGUGUAUGGAGAGAAGAGGAGAGGGCCUAGAACUGAGCCCUGGGGGAAACCAGUAGUGAGAGUACGUGGUGGUGACACAGAUCCUCUCCACGUCACCUGGUAGGAGCGGCCUGCCAGGUAGGAUGCAAUCCAAGAAUGUGCAGAGCCUGGGACACCCAGCCCUGAGAGGGUGGAGAGGAGGAUCUGAUGGUUCAUGGUGUCAAAGGCAUCGGGUAGAUCUAGGAGGAUGAGAACAGAGGAGAGAGAGUCAGCUUUUGCAGUGCAGAGAGCCUCCGUGACACAGAGAAGAGCAGUCUCGGUUGAGUGACCCGUCUUGAAGCCUGACUGGUUAGGUUCAAGAAGAUCGUUCUAAUUAUCCCUGAUUAUUAUACUUUUUUUAUGUUAAUUCUCCAGAAGUAUAUAGUUUUUCUCUAAAAUCAUACAUUGUGUGGCCUGGCUGGUCUAGCGGUAAUGCCACAGGCUCUGGCCUAGAAUGUUGGCAUGGGUUUGAAUCCGGCCUACUGCCCUAUGGCUCGACCUCUCUCUAUCUUUCCCCAUUGUCAUCCUCUCUCACUAUCUAUAUAUUUAUAAAAUCAUACAUUGUCAUUUUCACAGUGUAAUGUACGGCAGUAAUCAUUUCUUUGCUAUACUAUUACCAUGUAACAAGAUUCUUCAAAUAAAAUAACUACACAGCCUCCAUAUGUGUCCAGAAGCUUGGAGUCAUUCUUCUGUCAUAACACCUGAUCAUGAGCACGUCGAUGUACAGCACUAAUGGGAAUCGAACAUCGGCUAUUUAAUUGAGUGGAUUGUGGAGACCUGUGUUUUCUUCACAUGGGGCCCUGUAAAUUGGAUUCCCACUAAGCUUGAAUGGUUUCUAGCAGCUAAUGGAAUUCCUCAACCUGAAGAGCCACAGGCAGCUAUAGUCUGUAAUAAGCUUUAGAGAAAAUCUCUAUCUCUCCUGCCACGGGUGAGAUCUGUGUAUUACUUUUGAAUGGGAGUAGAGGCAUUCAUUUAACCCCAUGUUCUUCCAUGUUCUUCCUCAGGCACUUUUGAGACUUGUACAUUUUUUACACUGAAGCCAUUAUAUAGGGCACAAGUGAAGAUUCUAGGCCAAAAUGACUUGUGUAUGCGACUAUAAUUUUUUGGGUAAGAAACUUCUAGAUGUCCAAUUGUUGGCCUUUCAUUAAAGCAUGAGAUGUCGGUCAAUAUGUACUAUGCAGACGAGUUGGUUUAAGAAGAGAGCAGUUGGCUCCAUAUGGAUCACCUUACCUCUGACAGAGCCAAGUACUGCAGUUCUACAGGACUCAGUGAGGGGGUCAAUCAAACUUCCUCGAGCUCCAACUCCAGUCAAGCCCCACUACUCCACCCAGGGUUUGUAUCACACAUUGACUCUUGGGGGUUCCCAACAUCUAUUUGGAGUUCCUGAAGUCGAAAACGUUGACCUUUUGGGCCUCAUUGAUACUUAAAUUCCUAUGGAGGGGUUGAUUGUUAUGGGGUGUGCAGCCAUCCAGUAAUUGAAACAAUGGAGGCCAUUGUAAUUACCCUUUGCCCAGAUUUUUUCCUAUUCAUUCCCAUCUUAUUUUCGGGAGCAUUGCAAACAUUUAAAAAAUGCAUUUUGGAGAUCAGAGCUUUAAGUUGGACCUAGUGUGCAUCCCAAAUGGCACCCGUUUCCAUAUAUAGUGCUUUUAUUAAGUAGUGCACUAUAGGGAAUAAAUUUUUACAGUUUAGUCAUUUAGCAGACGCUCUUAUCCAGAGCGACAUACAAUUAGUGAGUGCAUACGUUUUCAUACUGGCCCCCCGUGGGAAUAGAAUGCCAUUUGGGACGCAACCCUAGACUAAAACCACCAGCUCCAUGUUAUUGUAUGUUAAUACAAUAUAGUAAUCAACCUUUCAACCCAUAGACUGUCAGUCACUGUAGCAACAGCUUUCUUAGUGUUGGCCUCAGUAUGCUGCCCUAAGUGUUCUGCCCACUGUCAGAUAAAAUGUGAUGCCACACUACCCUCUGGUGGAAUAAUUGGUAUAACAUUCAAUUUGAUCAGGCUGAAUUAAUUACACAUAUUUGCUGUCUUAUUCCUUUUCAUAUUGGUCCAGUCAUUCCUGCUGGACUACUAAGAGCUCAGAGAAGUGGGGCGUUUCAAAGUUCUGUGUCCCUGGAUUGAAUCUCCUGACUGCAUGUCUAUUACAGUGUACAGCACACCCAAUAAUCCACAGCAAACAACAGUAGACUGCAGAGAGACAUUUGCUGUCAGUAAUAGUUACUGCUUUAUGUCUUGUCUGCAGGUACCUGAAGCCUGACGAGAACAAAAAGUCAAAGCACAAGACUGCUGUCAAGAAGAAGACCCUCAACCCAGAGUUUAACGAGGUAAGGAAGGACUUGCUCUCUCUCCCUCUCUUUUCUGUCUCUCUUUUUCCUCUCUCAGAGAUGUCUUGUCUCUCUCAGACAUCACAAAUCCCUCCAAUAAUCAAUCCCAUUUAAGACUUGAGACUGAGGAGGAACCAGAUAUUUUAAGAUAAAGAUUUAUCAACUUAGUUAUGAAACACAUUUUUCAAACUUGGCUAAUUAUAACUGACUAUGUUCCAGUAUGAUAGAAUUUAAUGAAAAUCAUGACUUUAAAGGUCCAAUGCAGCAGUUUCUAUCUCAAUAUCAAAUAAUGUCUGGGUAACAAUUAAGUACCUUACUGUAAUUUUUCUUUUUUUUUAUAAAAAUGGUUUAAAAAAAUAAUGUUCUUAGCAAAGGGCAAUUUCUUAAGCAAUAAUUUUGCUAGGACUGUCUCGGAGUGGUCUGAGUGGGGAGGGGAAAACUGAAAAUUAGCUGUUAUUGGCAGAGAGGUUUGGAACUCUCUUUCUUAUUGGUCAAUUAAAUUAUUUACCGCAUAAUGAUGUCACCAUCGAAGGCCAAAACUCCAUCCCACCAAAACAGGCUGAAAUUUCAGGCAGUGUUUUCAAACUGCUCUUGCAUUAAAAUGGCAUUGUCAUCACUUUCACAAUUUCACAGUAUUAUUCCAAUCUCAUAGUGUGGAAAUAUAUAUAAAACACAGGAAAAUCAUGUUUUUGACUGCACUGGGCUUUUAAUGCUGACUCAUUGUACAUUUACUCUUCUUACCGACAGUAGAUAUCACAUCUCCCCAUAUUUCUCUUUUAUCUGUAUCUCUCUGGGUGUCCUUAUUACACACGAGUGUACAUUUUCUAACCAAAAUGCAUUGAUGAUGAGGUGGUUCUCCUUCAGAUCAGCCCUCUGUUAACUUUCAUUGAGAGGCCAACUUGACUAUAGUAAAAGUCUAUUCCUCCCCUCUCCUGAGCCUGCCUCUUCUUCUCUGAAUGCCUCACAAACAUUAUCCCAUUCAUCUGUUACUUUGCUCCAGAGAGACCCCGCAUUCAUGCUCAGACCACCACCAAAGACCUAACUUAGCACUAGACUGUGGCAUCGAGUGGGUCGCCUUGGAGCGUCCAGCCGUAUGAGAGUGAAUGGCGUCCUCCCCGAACACGCGAGGCCUGUAACUUGACAUUUCCACUGACAUUUCCUUUUGUCCCCAUUUCCAUCCUGUCGCCUGUUGGCCUUUCAGCUCGAGAUUAGGUGACCUGGGCUUCCAGUGCAUUCAGAAAGCAUUUUGGUAACCUUGAGUAUUGAUGGAUUGAUAUCAAAAUUGAUUAUCUUCGGGGCCUCCCAAGUGGCGCAGCGGUCCAAGGCACUGCAGUGCAUGAGGCGUCAUUACAGAUCCGGGUUUGAUCCCGGGCUGUGUUGCAGCCGGCCGCGACCGGGAGACCCAUGAAGCGACGCACAAUUGGCCCAGCGUCGUCCGGGUUAGGGGAGGGUUUGGCCGGCCGGGAUGUCCUUGUCCCAUCGCGCACUAGCGACUUCUGUGGUGGGCCAGGCGCAUGCACGUUGACACGGUCGCCAGUUGUACGGUGUUUCCUCCGACACAUUGGUGCGGCUGGCUUCCGGGUUAAGCGAGCAGUGUGUCAAGAAGCAGUGCGGCUUGGCAGGGUUGUGUUUCGGAGGACGCAUGGCUAUCACCCUUUGCCUCUCCCGAGUCCGAACGGGAGUUGCAGCGAUGGGACAAGACUGUAACUACCAAUUGGGGAGAAAAAUGAGUAAAAAAUAAAUACAUUGAUUCUCUUCUAUCAGCAUGAUUAUGUGUAGGCCAUAUUGGUUAUUAUUUAAAUAUGAUUCCUUUGAUCAUGUUUCUUGUGGAAUCUAAUGGCUUUUUGGGGAUAACCUUGCUGUCUGUAUGAAGCUGUAUGGCCAGUCACGUUUUUACGUUUGUUUUUUUUACCUGGCUUUUGUAGGAGUUCUUCUACGAAAUCAAAUACGCCGACCUCAGCAAGAAAACCCUGGAGGUAACCGUGUGGGAUUACGACAUCGGCAAGUCCAACGAUUUCAUAGGUAAGCACUAAGCAGGUGACUGCAUUACGAAGUGUAGUGACCUGAACACGUAAGUUCAAAGCGUUGUGCGCGGCUGCAGCCACACCGGUGACACUCCUGCCCCGGCCCAGGCUCUCCUGCCUCUCUGCACCUGGCACCUCUGUUUACAACACCUACUCACCCACCAGAGGCCUCCACUUGUCCUGAUAGCUGCCCAGGGCCACAAACCUGGACACAAAAGACAACAACAAGCAACUGUUGAGUGUUGAGCAAGAAGCACGAAACACUGACCCUUGGUGCAUGCCAGCCAGGCUGUCAGCUUGUCAAGUUGUCAUGCCGACAUGUUGUUGGUGGGCGAGGAAUUGAACUUGAAGUGAUAGGGAUCCAACUUUUUCUGAAUCCCUACCAAAUCCCACAUUCCUCUCUUUUGAUGAUGCACACCUCAAGAGUCCUCAGCACUCAUCAGGAGUUUGAUCUGUUCACUCAUCCACUUUAGCUAAGAUGAAGAGGAGAGUGGGGUAUGUUGAGCUAUUUUUUACAUUCACCAUCACUACGUCAAAGAAAAUAUUUGUAUUCUUUCUAACAAAGAUAUCUACAUAUAUUUCAGGAUGUUGUGUAUCCCUGGAAAUAAUCAGAAUUCAUGUAAACAUAACAGUUUUGAAAACAUAACUUGUCCAAAAUAAGUGGUCUCUUGGCAUAACUUACCCCGGGUAAAUUGAGCAUAGGGACAGGGUAAGUUGAGCCACCUUGGGGUAAGUGGGUGAUGGUGCUGGUAGGUCAAAGUUUAAUUCAUGGAAUGGGGUUUGGUAUAUUUAUACUUUUCUCUAUGCAUAUUCUGACCUUGAAUUUAAGCACGAGAAUAGCAUGCUAUUCACCCACUAUUCGUUUGAGGUGGAGCUUGAAUAAAUGAAGGUGUGGCUACAGAUACACCGUAUUCUGACCUUGACUUAGUUCCCUAAUAAUUCCACCACCUUUACGCCGAGGAAACCAUGAAGAAGGUCUAGCGAACCUACCGGUUCCAAGUGGAAAAAUCAUCGACUUAUUUUUUUCAAAUAUAAAUAACACCAUUCUCCAUGUACUGUAAUUUACAUCUUGAUAAGAUCUAUUGAUAAGAGCUAGGUAAAUGAUUGUAAAUACACAUAGCAAUUUUGUUUGAUGAAACCAGCCAUAUGGAAGCAAACUGGAAAAUCAUAUCAACAUAACAUGCAUUGCGGACCCUUUUCCACAGUGAAAUAGGAUAUACAUAGCUGUGCCAUUAUUCAGAAUUCUAAUUGUGUGCCCUCAUAAUUUGCGUGGAUGAAAUUUGGAGACCCAAGCUAUAGGCUUCUGUAGGGCUGAACCUGCCGAGUUGAUUUAUGCACUUUAGAAUGUUUUGAUUAUAUGCGCUGGCUUUUCUCUGUUUAAUUUUACAAUUUGUAUCAUGUUAAGUAUUAGCCACUAUCGGGAGCCACCGUCAGUAAUUCCACAUGCAUUUCUUUUAUUAUUCCGUUUACCUUUCUUUCCUCUGUCACGUCCUUGUAAAUUGUUCCUGAGGGUCGCUUGCAUUAGUGGAUCAUAUUAGGCUAAUGUUGUGCAAUAAUUUCGGACAUGUAACCUAUUUGAAGACCACACAUAGCAUGUUAAAACGGGAGCCUGGCGUACAGUUCACAACGACUGGACCAUUGUCAUACAGUUCCAUGAUUAGUGGGAAUAAGGGUAGAUUUAUAGGAUUAUUGUUCAAUCCAUAUUGUACACUUUUUCCACCUUCCAAUAUUUCAUGGAUUGAACUUGAAUAUGACACUUAAACCACUGUAUUUUUUAUUCAUCAAUAUACAGUAUUUUGUGUGGAAACGCUCUCCAUACCGUAAAAAAAAAAAAAAAAAAAGAUUAAUACUUUCCUAACCCUAAAAUGUGCAUAAAUAAUCUACAAGAUGGAUUUCUUUCAUUGAUCACUAUAUUCUGAACCCGUUCUCUCAAUGUAUUCUAUUGAAUCUGUCGACAAAAUUCGAAUUAAAGGUGCACCGUACAAGAAAAUGUGUUGACCAGCAAGUGGGAGGGUUUUCAGCGGUUGAAUUAAAUGUACACUGUUCAAAAAAAUUAAGGGAACACUUAAACAACACAAUGUAACUCCAAGUCAAUCACACUUCUGUGAAAUCAAAAUGUCCACUUAGGAAGCAACACUGAUUGAAAAUAAAUGUCACAUGCUGUUGUGCAAAUGGAAUAGACAACAGGUGGAAAUUAUAGGCAAUUAACAAGACACCCCCAAUAAAGGACUGGUUUUGCAGGUGGUGACCACAGACCACUUCUCAGUUCCUAUGCUUCCUGGCUGAUGUUUUGGUCACUUUUGAAUGCUGGCGGUGCUUUCACUCUAGUGGUAGCAUGAGACGGAGUCUACAACCCACACAAGUGGCUCAGGUAGUGCAGCUCAUCCAGGAUGGCACAUCAAUGCGAGCUGUGGCAAGAAGGUUUGCUGUGUCUGUCAGCGUAGUGUCCAGAGCAUGGUGGCGCUACCAGGAGACAGGCCAGUACAUCAGGAGACGUGGAGGAGGCCGUAGGAGGGCAACAACCCAGCAGCAGGACUGCUACCUCCGCCUUUGUGCAAGGAGGAGCAGGAGGAGCACUGCCAGAGCCCUGCAAAAUGACCUCCAGCAGGCCACAAAUGUGCAUGUGUCUGCUCAAACGGUCAGAAACAGACUCCAUGAGGGUGGUAUGAGGGCCCGACAUCCACAGGUGGGGGUUGUGCUUACAGCCCAACACCGUGCAGGACGUUUGGCAUUUGCCAGAGAACACCAAGAUUGGCAAAUUUGCCACUGGCGCCCUGUGCUCUUCACAGAUGAAAGCAGGUUCACACUGAGCACAUGUGACAGACGUGACAGAGUCUGGAGACGCCGUGGAGAACGUUCUGCUGCCUGCAACAUCCUCCAGCAUGACCGGUUUUGGCGGUGGGUCAGUCAUGGUGUGGGGUGGCAUUUCUUUGGGGGGGCCGCACAGCCCUCCAUGUGCUCGCCAGAGGUAGAGGUGACUGCCAUUAGGUACCGAGAUGAGAUCCUCAGACCCCUUGUGAGACCAUAUGCUGGUGCGGUUGGCCCUGGGUUCCUCCUAAUGCAAGACAAUGCUAGACCUCAUGUGGCUGGAGUGUGUCAGCAGUUCCUGCAAGAGGAAGGCAUUGAUGCUAUGGACUGGCCCGCCCGUUCCCCAGACCUUAAUCCAAUUGAGCACAUCUGGGACAUCAUGUCUCGCUCCAUCCACCAACGCCACAUUGCACCACAGACUGUCCAGGAGUUGGCGGAUGCUUUAGUCCCGGUCUGGGAGGAGAUCCCUCAGGAGACCAUUCACCACCUCAUCAGGCAUUGUAGGGAGGUCAUACAGGCACGUGGAGGCCACACACAUUACUGAGCCUCAUUUUUACUUGUUUUAAGGACAUUACAUCAAAGUUGGAUCAGCCUGUAGUGUGGUUUUCCACUUUAAUUUUGAGGGUGACUCCAAAUCCAGACCUCCAUGGGUUGAUACAUUUGAUUUCCGUUGAUAAUUCUUGUGUGAUUUUGUUGUCAGCACAUUCAACUAUGUAAAGAAAAAAGUAUUUAAUAAGAUUAUUUCAUUCAUUCAGAUCUAGGAUGUGUUAUUUUAGUGUUCCCUUUUAUUUUUUUGAGCAGUGUAUUUAGAGCGGGCAAGGUAGCCACAUCUGCAGAGUGCGUUACGUGACUAAGGUAAGACUGAAUACCAAAUACUGAGAAGUGUUUAGGAAAGGAGUGCGUAGGUAGAAAAGGCAUCAAUUCCUGAGUCGGGAUCGGGCCAAUUUUGCAUAAAACGGAAAACAAAUAAUCAUCAUUUGUACGGGGUAUGGUAACCUAACGUAGCAGGCGUAGAAAGAUGCCUGAGCGGAGUUCCCACUGUAAAUUGACUGCUCUGUCUAGGUUCCCCAAGUGUCCAGUAGAGGGGGCAGCUACUCCAGGAAUCCACUGAGGUGAAGCCUAGCCUCCUUCUUGCUUCAUAACAUAUGAAGCCGAUGCAGUAAAUGACACUACAUUUGAUCGUGCUUUCCUGUCAAUUCUGUAACACAUGCUAUUGACUGACUGGCCUAGCCUAUAUAGACAUUCAGAUCAACAAUAGAGCUAUCUCCAUUGUCAUGGACAUUUGUAUUAGCUGGGCUAACAUAUAUCAACACCAUUUUUGGACACGAUAGCUUAAUGACGGUUUAAAUAGCUAGAAGAGAGUAAUGUGCCUAUUUGAAAGCUAUAAAAAAAGUAGCUCUCAUGCUAGAAAAGGAUAAUGUGCUCAGAUACAUUUUUUUAAAACAUUGUUCAAGUCCAGCAAUUGAUAAGAGCAAGGGUGCACACAUAAAACGCUUGCAUUCUCAGCUUUAAAACAUUGGUCACCAGUCUCACUUCAGAAAUGCCUAUUCUACCAUGGACAGCCUGUUCAGGAGGGUGCAACAUCACAGAGUGUUGGGUAUUGUGUUAGUUCAAAUCAUUUUCUUUCUAUCGUCCAUCUAUGCGUUCUAACCCUUUUCUACUGUUCUGCCGUCCCCGGUCUCAGGUGGUGUGUCCCUGGGCAUCAGCGCAAACGGGGAGAGGCUCAAACACUGGUUCGACUGUCUCAAAAACAAGGACAAGAAAAUUGAGCGCUGGCACACACUGACCAACGAACUUCCUGGUACAACAUUCAAUGACUAA